AGCGCACGGCGUCGGGUUCCCUUUCCCGGCCCGACUUUCUUUCAUUAUUGGGCAACCACUAUCAGCGAUGUUACCAUUUACGGGACAAAAUGCUCGUUGCCUCACGGACAGGAGGGCAGCUUGAAAGCAAUGUUGCCUCACGGUGAAGAUGAAAGCCACUGGAGCACCAGAAAUGUAUAUAAGACAAGGUCACUUCUCUUUCACUCGUCACUAAUUCCUGCUCUUUCCAUGGCCACCGCAGAUUACUGUAAUUACCCCCAACAUCUGGAUCCGUUGUACGCGGUCCUCGAUUCUUCUUUUGCUCUUGAACAUUGGUUCAACGAGUUCAUCAACAAGUCUGCUCUGGCAGACGGCGGUGAAAGGCAUUUCUAUGACUCAGCUGGCAACGACGCAUGUACCAUGGCCGACCCUCUGGCGUUUACCUCUUUCCCUUCAUCUCCAUCCUCUUCUUCGGUGUCCUCGCUUGACGAAUCCGAAUCCGCAACGUCCCUGGACGAUCACAACGAAGAUGCGCUCAACCCUGUGUACGAACCCUUUUGGGAUACAACUUCGUAUACUUGCAAUGUCAUGAGCAUCUCUGGCCCUGAUGAGUGCAGCACCGACUCUAAUAUGGAGUCCGAAGCCGACUCUGCCUCAGAGGUGUCCAUUGGUGCCCCAUUCGUUCUCCACGAGACAUCACCUCCAGCUGCACCUUCCACAUCGAAGGCCUCUGAUAGCCUCGAGCUUCUUAAUUCUGCCCCUUCGACUGAGUCCAUCGAUUUUGCCUCCUCCCCUGCUAGGACUAUGCGAAGAAGCGCUGCUAUUGCUAGUCGUGCCGUUCGGGAACUUUGUCAGGAAUCUGAUAUGGACAGUGACUCGGAUGCGUCCGAAGACGAAUACGUUUUCACUCCCUCGCUGUCGGCUGGCCGCAAGCGUGGUCGCUCUUCAGGCGGGCGCUCGAUCGCUACACCAUCUCCACGCAAACGUGCCCGAACCACCACCAGCCUUUCUCCCCCUCCCCCUCCUUGCAGCCCACGUCGCAUGUCUGCCACCCGCUUCCGUACGCUACCAUCUGCUGCCCAAUACAAAUCUGUCAAAGCGCGUAAUACCCAAGUAGAGGCUUUUGGGGACCUUAUCGCACUUCCCGUCCCACUGACGAUUACGGUGGAGAAAAACAAGAAAUUGGUCGUCGGAUGCCCUGUAUCUGGCUGCAACUGGAAACCCAACAACCCGACCCGUGGGCUGGAUGCGACGAGGCACAUCGCUACUCACUUCGCUCACUACUCGCUGGUGAAGCCUGUGUGUCACGGCGUGAAGAUAGAAAACGCCUCCAAGAAAGUGCUCGCUAGCUCGAUGCCGGUGCUGUAUACGGAUUACAAGGAGCAAACACACACGAUGCAAUUCCUCAUGUGUUUGUGACCGGAGCCUGCUGCCUCCCAACGGGCUGCUCCGG